UACAUAGCCCUCAAGUUCUGGAAGUCGACCGGUCUCCUCUACGCCAUCCACAACAAGGAGAGGGACAUGAUCGAGACCCUCAACCAGGAGUUCUACUUCUACGAGGGUCAGGACAACGUCGGGAGGAACUCAGGGGCGUAUGUCUUCAGACCCAAACACCCCACCACCAAACGUGUGGGACUGGACGCACCUGUCACAGUUCGUGUCGUCAAGGGACCACUUGUACAGGAAGUCCAUCAAACUUUUUGUCCGUGGGUUUCUCAAGUCGUCCGCUUGUACAAGGGAGCUAAAUACGCUGAAUUUCAGUGGAUCGUUGGACCUAUUGAUACCGAAGACGGUCAAGGGAAAGAAGUUGUCUCCCUGUUCACAUCCAACUUACAGAACGACAGAAUUUUCUACACGGAUUCUAAUGGCCGAGAGAUGCUGGAGCGAGUUCAGGAUAUGAGAGAGACGUGGGAUUACAGAGCAGUUGACCCAAUCUCUGGGAACUACUACCCCGUGACAAGCAGGAUAUACAUACAGGACAGGAGAAAAGAUGUCCAGUUGUCUGUAGUCACAGACCGGCCCCAGGGCGGGACAAGUCUCGGCACGGGUCUCCUGGAACUCAUGGUCCACAGACGUCUGUUACGUGAUGAUGGUCUGGGGGUCGAUGAACCGUUAAACGAUGAAGGUGUCGACAGAAAUGGAAUCAUCUUCACAGGUAAACAUUACGUCGUGCUAGACACCAUAGCCAACUCAGCCAAACUCCUCAGACACCUGGCACUGCAGGUACAUCUGGAACCAACCGUCAUGUUCACCCCGGUAACUGACAAAAAACCUGGCUACAAGAUGAUGCAGCAGCAAACAUUUCUCACCAACCCUCUGCCAGAUAAUGUCCACAUUCUGACCCUGGACAGGAUCUCUGCUAACGAGACCAAUUUCUAUCUGCUGCGUCUAGAGCACGUGUACGAAGCAGACGGUCCCCCAGAGUCGUCUGCCCCUGCUCACGUGACCCUUGAGAACUUGUUCAAACCAUUCGACAUCUACUGGGCCGAAGAGACUACCCUAGGGGGCAACUAUAGCCCUGAUGACGUAGACAGGUUACAGUGGACAACCAAUGACGGUGACCUCACGGAUGAAAGCAUCAAUUCUCCAGACUUCAAGCCAAAAAUGGAACCUCCUUUCAACAUUAUCCUCCAUCCAAUGGAAAUCAGAACAUUUCGAGUACAAAUUGUCAAGUAUUAAAUGUUGCUACAUCUCAUGGUAAUCGUGACGUCUUGAACACAACAUCCCAAGUAUUAAAUGUUGGAUUUUAUACUUUAUGUGCAAAUUAAUUACUGGAGCAUUUAUUUUUUAACCAAAGAAGCCACAGGCAGUACGUUUAAAUUAUAUCGUGCGGAGACUUAUGACAAUGUGUUACUUAAACCACUAGAUGUGUAGUGAAAAAUAUGAUGUCAAAUACACACAUUACAUUUUCCCCUCUCCAUAUUUUACACACAGAGGUUUUAAUGUAGUUAAUUGCCGUCCCAUUCUGGUAAACAUAUAGUACAGAAUGCAAGUAUGGGUCUAGCUUUGGACCUACAGGCUAUUCCAAAGUAGAACUAAUCUUACACCAAAUAUUGUCAUUUACAUUUGACUAAUUUAGUCUCAACGUAGAUAAAUUGUUUAAAUUGAUGUUUUAACCAAAAGAAUUAUUAAUAAUAUUUCUUAAUUAACAUUCCAACGUCUUUUGAAUUUCCACAAUCAAACAUAACAUCACAAUAACUUAGUACGGAUAAAACAAAUUCCAAUACACACACACA